ACAGAUUGCACUAUAGAGCAGCACUCAGCUGCUCUGGGGCAUUACAUGGAUCAAGUACUCUUAAAACUCUUGAUUGCCUGAAGUGGAAACCACUUGAGUCCAGAAGGAGAGACAAAAAUCUCAUUAUUAUGUUUAAAAUUUGUAGAAAUAUGGCACCCGAUUAUAUUGUUGAAUGUUUUGACCAUUAUAAAUCUGAGCAAAGAAGGGUUCUCAGAACCCAUAGACCUUUCCAAAUACCGGUUAAAUCAAGUGCACGACUAAUUAAUGGACCAGUGCUAAGAUUGAUCUCUGAAUGGAAUAAGUUAUCACUAGAAGAGAGGUCUACUCCCACCAUCUCUUUGUUCAAAAGUAAAAUCAAAAAGAAAUCUUCAAAGUUUAAUGACUUCAAUACAACUUCUAAACUCAAUCUUUCUCGAAAACAAGAAAUUACCUUAAACAGAAUUAGAUGCGGACUCUAUUUUGAAUCACAAAAGUUUGCUCAUAAUUUUCCCAACACAACUAAUCUAUGUGUCUGUGGUAAGAGUGCAACCCCUAAACACCUGAUUCUGCAAUGUAAGCGCCAUUCAACACAAAGGAAAAACCUUGAAGAAACCCUUGAGCAGCAAAACCUUGAGACCCAUCUCAGUGGACAAGACAAAAUUGAAUUUUUAAUUUUCAAAAAUUCAUUCUCAAUUCAACAAGAUUCUCAACUAAAAGGAAGGUUCGUUGAUUUUAUUCUUAGCUUAACCUAACCUAUUUUAUUUUGAUUUACUUUUCACCAUUAGGUGUAGGCAACUAGUUAGCACAUUUAUAUGUAUAACUCACUCAAUUAAUUAAAUUAAUUUAAUUUAUAUUCAUUUCAAAACGCUAGCCUGUAUUGCACAUUGCGCUAGGCAGCGACCUGUGUAACUCUUUUGACUGCAAUAUGAUUGAAAUAAAU